AUGCUUCUCCUCAAAGACCCCAAAUCAUACAUACUGUUUGUGAUGAUCUCAAUCAAUGGGUUUGGGCAGAUCUUCUGUGUUCAUGCCCAAGCACUCUCCUAUCUCUGCUCUGAUGACAUAGCCAACUCCAGUUACAUAGAUGACCGCACUUCCCUCUUGGACUCUUUAUCAUCCAGAGCAACCUCCAUGGACUUCUACAAUGAGACUUUCAAUGAUAUCCAUGGCCUCUUCCUCUGCAGAGGCGACGUUAACGCCUCUACUUGCCGGAAUUGUGUCACUGGCGCUGGAGAAGAGAUCAUCAGGGUAUGCCAGCCGAAUAGAACAAUAAUAUGUCUGCUUAUGGAGAAUCUGUACACUACAAAUAGUUUACCUCUGCCUAAUGGAGAUCAGUGUAUUGCAGGAAAUGGAGGAUUGAAGAACAUAACAAAAAUAGCAGUCAUCACAGUAUCAACAGCAGCAGGUGUAGCCGUGUAA